AUGACCCCCUUCUGGAAGGGAUGGCAAGCAUGGCUGGCCGUCCGUGGAUUUACCUUGAACCUUCGCCCAGUAUCGACCGACCCUCCGUCCAAGGCAGUGAGCUGGUACAUCCCGCAAAGCACAUCCCCUGCCUCCGAGUCGCUGCCUUAUGCGUACUGUGUACGGGAGGGGGAGUCUUCGCGUGUAUGGGAUGAUUUCCCGAUAUCUAAAAUCGGGUGGGCGCAAGACUCCGAGCACCGUCCCAUCGCGUUCAAACUGACAUGCACGGGCUCGGACGAAUACCGAAUAUAUCAGAGGCUGCUUAACCUCGCCGAUUCCCUGUCCCCCACCGAAUGCUGUGGUGUACUCCGACCGGUUGCUAUCCUGGACACAGGCCGCCCGUUUUCUUUCGUUGCGAUGCCUCGGUGGGGUCACGUUGGAACCGUUAUAAAACUCAGGACUGUCGGCGAAGCUAUGCAAUUCAUGAGGUGCACAUCGCAGGAUAUCACUGAGUGGAACAUGCUCAUGAAUUGCUACAAUCCUUACUCUCCCAAAAAUGCGCGCGAUCUUCUCUACGGACACCGGAGCCCGUCGGACGUGCAUUACUGCAUUUACGAUUUCGACAUCUCUCGUAUCUUCCCUCCUAACGCCCCGCUAAACGCUUGCCGGCGCCCCGCUAGCGACUCUUAUGAAGGCGCGCCGCCAUAUCACCCGUUAGACGCAUCCUGUGGAGAAUACUAUUACGACCCCUUCGCGUUCGACGUAGGCUGCCUCGGGAACCUCUACAGGACAUUCUUCUCGACCAUGGUACCCCUGAUUCCUCUCCUUGCGCCGCUGUUCGACAAAAUGACGACGCACCGCGUGGCGGACCGAUUCACGGCAGCCCAGGCUGCCGAAUUCAUCGAAUCCGCCUUCGCCGAGCUUCCCGAAAGCGCCCUCAUGACGCCUGUGUCACUCAAAACCGAAUGGGAGUGCGUCGACGACUCGGACAAUUACUGGACGCGGACCACGGUCGAGUUCCGCAAACAAUGGGCGCAUUUCAGGGUGCCAAGUCUGCCGUGGACGUCGAAACUGUUGAUGCAGUUCGCAAGCUCAGAUAUGGGGUGGUCUGUGCUUUGCUUCAUACGCCGCACGCUCUGUGUGUGA